UGUAGUACACUAAUUGUAGUAAUAGGGACGUGAAACAGACAGACACAGAAGGAGAGAGGGAGAGAGAGAGAGAAAAAAAACAUAUUCUUCCAGUACUGUGACGCACUUUCAUAGUAUGGAAUCACAAGCGACGAGUUUAACUAUCUUGGUGUGUGUUCUGGCCGUUUCAUGCGUAGUUCAAGCGUCCCCUGUCCAGGACUUGAUGCGGUUGUACAAGGAGUUCUUUGAGUGGCGGAUGGAGGACCGCCCCAUGCAGGCCACCGCGUUCGAUGUGCCCGGUUACGACGACAAACUCGAGUCUUGGGAUCCACAGAUGUUUCCAAAACGAUACGAACGAGCCGAGGGACUCAAGAGCAAACUGUCAGCGAUCAAGAGAGAGAGUCUGUCAGUGAAAGAGAAAGUAAAUUACGACAUCCUGAAAAACGAUCUGGACACGUACAUCGAGGGAUAUGCUUUCAUAAACUAUACGUACAUCAACCCGGUCAGCAACAUGGGUGGGCCGCACAAAUCUCUGAACGACUGGAUUCGAUUCACCAAGUUCAAGACGAGGGGAGACUUCGACAACUACAUCACCCGAUUGGAGGCCAUUCCAAAAUAUCUACGAGAACUAAUUGUUCUGAUGGAACGCGCCAUAGCCUUGAACAGAACGCUACACGCAGCCAGUAUGAGUCGAGUUGAUAAGCAGUUUGAAAAAAUAACAAAUAUAACUGACCCCUACGAUUCACCUUUAUACACACCUUUCAAGGACGAUGGCGAAAUCUCAAACUCCACGAUUCCGCAGGCGAAGCGGAGCUCGUACAGACAGCGAGCACUCACUGCCGUGAACGACGUCCACAACGCGUACGGUAGCAUGCGGCAGUUUGUUAAGCACCAAUACAUGCCUCACACUCGAACACAUCACGGCGUCUGGUCGUGGGAGGGAGGCAAGGACUUCUACAGGGCGGUUAUGAAGUGGUACCUGUCCGUGGAUAUGAGCCCGGAGGAAGUACACGAACUAGGUCUGAAGGAAGUGGACAGGAUACACACUCUGAUGAAGAAGAUUAUGAUGAAACAGAACCUGGGUAACAAGACGGUCAGCGAGUAUUUCAACAUGUGGAAACAAGAUCCGAACUUCUACUUCACAACCGCGGAUGAGGUUCUGGUGGAGUACCAGAAAAUCUUGGACGCGGUGAAGCCGCUUAUGUCAAAGUACUUCAGUGACGACGCCCCAGAUCUUCCACUGCAGGUGAAGGCCACAAAGGAAGACGGGGUGUUUGGUUAUUACAACAGAGGUACAGCUGACGGGUCGAAAGCGGGCACGUUCUUUAUUAACCUACACAGACCGAAAGACGUCUUAAAACCGGGUAUGAAGCCAUUGGCUCUUCAUGAAGCAAUACCGGGUCACCACACACAGAUCAGCUACGUGAUAACAGCACAGAACCCAAAUUUCCGAUCGAAACCAGAGUAUUCCCUACGUCACAGAGCGCCAUUUGCAUUUCCCAAGUUCACUGCGGUUUUGGAGGGAUGGGCGUUAUACGCUGAAUAUCUGGGUGAAGAAAUGGGUGUGUAUAAGACAGAUUAUGAAAUGAUGGGACGGUACAGUUCUGAAAUGUUUCGAGCCUGCAGACUGGUUGUAGAUUCAGGAAUUCACUACUUCAAAUGGAAUAGAACCAGGGCGAUAGAUUACAUGAAGAAGUACAUUUCCGCAUCAUACAUCGAGUUCGAGGUGGACCGUUACAUCACGUGGCCCGGACAAGCCUUGUCGUACAAAGUCGGAGAAAUCAAGUUAAAGGAACUGAGAAAAAUGGCAACACAGGCAUUAGGAAACAAGUUUGACAUCAAAGGCUUCCACACAGCAGUUCUGGAGAAUGGCGGACAACCCCUAAGCGUGCUGACCACAACGAUACAGUCCUGGAUUGAUGACGUCAAAGCUAAAACCAAACCUGUUGGUACGACCUGCCCCCCUGUAUCGGGGGCAGCUGCGAUCUCUACAUUAACAUCUCUUAGUUUCGUUUUGUUGAGUUCUCUGUAUUGUUUUAUAGCUCAUUAUUAACUUUUUUUUAAAUGAAUAAAUGAAAUUUUUUUUAAAUGUCCAUUAUAAGUACAUUAAUCAGAGAUAUUAAAACACAAAAGAAACUUGGUCAAAAUCUUAAAGCUGCAAUAUCCCCACUUCCAAGGGUACAAAAAAUUGUGCUAGGGGGUCUAGGGAGUGGGGUGGAGGUUUCGGGUUAUGCUCCACUGUAAACAAUAGUAGAAAAAAAAAAAAAUCAUUUUAAGUUCGCCGAUAACAAUUGUUUCGCAUAUUAAUAACUAAUACACAGAUCUGUAUUAGUGCCUUGGAUGCCAUAAUCUUGUCGUAUAUAUUUUUCAAAAUCGACUUUUUUUUUUUUUUUUGCUUGAUGCUCAAAAUUCCACUAAGUAGUAGAAUCUACUCUUUAUGACCCCCCCCCCCCCCCCCCCCCCUCCUGCCGCAGAAUUAUUUUUUUUACCAUUUAUUUAAUAUAUUUUAAGUCCUCUUGUAGCAAUAAGUUUUUACAUGUUUAUGAUACAUUUGCCUGAUCGACAUUUCUUAAAGAUGUUUUGACGCAAGUUAGUUACAUGUAGGUAUCCAUGGACAUUCAUUUCAGAAAAUGCAACGAAAACACUAAUCAAUCUUGUUGUUAUAUCUGGUAAUGACAUUAGACAAGAAUUUUGAGAAUGUAGUAUGGUUUUGACAUUUUGUUAAAUAUUUUUGUGUGUAGAACUAAUUUUUAAGGAUGUGAGAUUUGACAUCUUGAACUACAUGUAUACUAAGAGUGAGUUCAAACUUUAAAAAAUAAAGUGAGUAUCACAGCAAAAAUGAGUUAAACAGUAUACUGGGGGUGUAUUAUAAUUAUUAUCACACAUAAUAUUUGCGAUUGUAAUAAUUAUUGUAAUUAAUUAUUUGAUUGGAUCGUACACAUUCGAGUAAAAGAAAAUAAUACAAAAUGUGAACGCCAUUGAAGCCGUGAACACAGUUACGUUGCCAAGUUAAAAGUCACAUGCAAGCGUGUAUGACGUCAUAAAGCCGUGAACACAGUUACGUUGCCAAGUUAAAAGUCACAUGCAAGCGUGUAUGACGUCAUAAAGCCGUGAACACAGUUACGUUGCCAAGUUAAAAGUCACAUGCAAGCGUGUAUGACGUCAUAAUUCUGAUUCACUUGUAUUGUUACUACUUUUACAGCAGUGAAACCUGUAAAACUCCCCGCAAACCUCAGAUUUGAUCACUUGACCUUAAUUAAAUGCGUGUUGUUGUUUUUUAAAUGGUCUGCAGUGGGUUUAAGUAUCAGUUUCUACAGUUUUAAUAUAGUGUAUAUAUUAUACAGACUGUCAAACAUUUAAUAUGGUGUAUAUGUUAUACAGACUGUCAAACAUUUUUGUAUAUAACAAUAUGAAUUGUAAUAAAAUUAUCUUCCAGUUUUAUAAUAAACUUACAUAUAGCC